AUGCCUUCACGAUUUCUUCCCAGUCGUGCAUUUCAGGCAUACCAGAUCUUUGCAGCCAACACCAAUGUCGGCAAGACCAUUCUCGCUACUGGGUUAUGUCGAGCAGCAGCUGAACGUGCCAAACAGCAAGAUCGCGACGUGUAUUACUUAAAGCCUGUGCAAACUGGAUAUCCACAAGAUAGCGAUGCAAGACACGUGAAGACUUAUUCUCCCAACAUCCACACUGAAACAUUGUUCAAGUACCCUGAUCCUGUUAGCCCACACAUUGCAACGGAUAAGCCUCCACAUGAUCAAGAAUUGUUGGAUAAGAUCAAGGAACGAAUGAUCCAUUACGUGAAUCAAAGCCAGGAUCGACAAGGUGCUUAUGCCUUUCUCGAAACAGCGGGUGGUAUUCAUAGUCCAGUCAUGUCAGGUACACCACAAGCCGACUUUUAUCGCCCGCUCAGAUUACCAUCCGUGCUUGUGGGAGAUAGCAAUCUAGGCGGCAUUUCCACCACCAUGGCAUCCUAUGAAUCAUUGCUAGUACGCGGAUACGACAUUCCUGCUUUGUUAUUGUUUGAGAAUGAACGCUAUCGCAACCAUCAACAAUUGAUGACCCAUUUACCAAAGACGCUUGUCAGCACUGUACCUGCUCCUCCACCUAUGAAUCCUGAUCCCGUGAAAGAAAAGGAUGCCAUGACAUCAUACUACGCCAUGCUCGAUGAUCUUUUACAACCGGUGAUACGUCAUUUGGAUGAGCAUCAUCAAGCACGUUUUGAGCGUCUUGCUGAAAUGGAAGACAAGGCACGUGACACAUUCUGGUGGCCAUUUACCCAACAUGGUGCUGUCAACGAGGUCACAGUGAUCGACUCAGCCUACAAUGAUUACUUUACAGCCUAUCGCAAGGAUAAGAAAACGGGUGAACUUGCACCUUCAGAAAUGUUUGACAGCUGUGCGAGUUGGUGGACACAAGGUCUUGGCCAUGCCAAUCCUCGUUUGACAUUGGCAGCAGCAGCAGCAGCAGGACGUUAUGGUCAUGUCAUGUUCCCUGAAACAGCCAAUGAGCCUGCACUCUCAUUGGCAGAACGCAUUUUGGAAAAGGAUACAUGGGCCCAACGUGUCUUUUUCUCGGAUAAUGGUAGCACGGCCAUUGAAGUGGCUCUCAAGAUGGCGAUGCGUUCGGCUGCGGAUCGCUAUGGUUGGUCGGAUGAUGUCCCUGUGGAUGUGAUUGGUUUGGAAGGAGGCUAUCAUGGUGAUACGAUUGGUGCUAUGGAUGCAUGCUCGCCCAAUACAUACAACAAGAUGGUGCAAUGGUAUCAACCUCGUGGUCAUUGGCUCAACCCACCCUCCAUCCAUAUUUGCAAAGGCACACCCACCAUUCGAUUACCCGACAAUCAAGGCACGGCAGAGUACAAGUCUUUGGAUGAUAUCUACGCCAUUGAAAAACGUGCAAAUGAUCCCUUGGCUGAUGUGUAUCGUGACAUGGUUCGCAAGGAGCUCAAGGCGAUGCGUGGUCGUCACGUGGGUGCACUCUUGAUGGAACCUAUUAUUCUUGGUGCGGGUGGAAUGAUUUUUGCUGAUCCAUUGUAUCAACGUAUUUUGGUGGAUACGGUGCGUCAAGAAGGUGCUUCAUUGUUGGGCUAUAAAUCACAAAAGCCUGAGGAUGGUUGGCAAGGUAUCCCUAUCAUUUUCGAUGAAGUCUUUGCAGGCUGGUAUCGUCUUGGCCGCAGGUCGGCAUCUGAUUUCCUCGGUGUGAAACCCGACAUUGUGGGAUAUGCAAAGACACUCACAGGUGGUCUUUUACCUUUGGCAUUGACUGUUACCAAGAAUUCUCUGUUUGAUGUAUUCUUAUCCGCCAACAAGGAAGAAUGCUUGCUCCAUGGUCAUUCAUACACUGCUCAUCCUAUGGGUUGUGCCGUUGCCAAUGAAACAAUCGACACCCUGGAAGAAAUGGCCAAUGUCACCAACAACAAUAAUACAUGGACACCCUUCCGAGAAGCUUGGAAAGAUAACCAACACGCACACGUAUGGUCCAUGUGGAAUCCAGCCACAGUAGAAAAGCUAUCGCACCUGGCGUGCGUUGAUAGCGUGAUGACUUUGGGAUCCAUCCUGGCGGUGGAAUUAAAGGACAAUCAAACAAAGGGUUAUGGCUCAGUGGUUGCGAAAUCAAUCUUGCAUGAAAUGCGUCACGGGCAAUUUGACUCGGACAUCAACCUCUUUGUACGUCCCCUUGGCAACGUGAUCUACCUCAUGACGUCACAAAUCACCACAGCCGAUCGAGUGAACAAGUGCGAAGACAUUCUUUUGAAAUGUUUAGAGAAUAACAAGUAA